GAGAAAUCCUUCAGUCUGGAGAGGAGAGACCAAUUUCAUUCAUUUUCAUCAUCUGAGACAAACAUGACGUCUGCUGUCCAGCUCAUCGUUCUUCUGGCCUGCAUCUUCCACUGCAUGUCAGGAAAUCCUAUUAUUACGAAAUGCCAUUGUAUAAAGACCAUCUCGACUGUACGGCGCCCUCUCAUCGCUGAUGUGAAGGUGUUUGAACCGAGUCCGUUUUGCAACAAGCAAGAAGUGAUAGCCUUCAUGAACGACAAGAGUAAACGCUGUCUUGAUCCGGAGUCAGAUUUCAUCAAAAAUCUCCUGCAGGAAAGAGGACUGCAGAGGACAGCAGAGACACUCUCGACAAAAACAACAACAACAACAUCAACAUCAACAACAACAUCACCGUCUGCCACAAGGGAUCGACACUGAAGCUGCUAUUCACUCUGUUUGUGUUGGUUUGACUUUAUUUAGGUCUACAAACAUUUGCACCAGCAGCUAAAACUAAAAUAUUUAUUUCAGGAAACAACAGGCUUGUAAAAUCAGCAAACUGUGACUUUUCCAAAAUAUCUGUCAGAUUGUACUUUAAUGUACAAGAAAA